AUGGAAGUUUCGGAGACUGCUGUGAUCUGUUGCCCAAGCGGAUUCACAGCAAGAUGGGCCGGUGGCGCAUGCUUCUCGACAGUCUCGAAUGAAGCAUACACUGCCACGACGGGGUGUCAACUUCAAUUUGCAAGCCGCAUUGAAACUGUGCUUCUUGAAACAUACACCUUUUAUGGGAGACCUAUCACAGGUCUAAUGGCGUACACAACGGCUACAACUAUGAGUUUCAAAACUACGAUCGAGACUAUCAAGCCUGCCGAUAGCACGCAGUACAUAGGAUUAGUCACGACGCCUGCAGUAACUCUGUACAUCAGGUGCCGCGUCUUCAAGCAAAAUGAGUUUGAGACGGCUGGUCAAGGGGCUGGCGCUAGCUUGGGGUUUGGUAGCCGUAAUCGAAACUGUGGCUGA